CAGCUCGCGCACAAAUUUUAAUCAGUACGAAAAGCUGCGCCCGUCCACAACGGAAACCGCAAACGAAACGCAUUCAAAAAUUUAUUGAAUACCCGUGUUCAGGUGCAAUAAAAGUGAAACAUCCAAUUAACGGCACUCAAAAUGUCUCAUAAAAAAUCUGUGGUGGUGCUGCUUCUGUUCUUCGGCCUGGCGCUGCACUCGAGUGCGGUGCGAGCGGAUGUGUCGCACCUGGACUACUCCAUCGCAGCUAGCCCCCAGCUGGGCGCCUAUCACUAUCCAGUGCCACGUGCUCCGCAGCGUGCGCAGCAGCAUGUGGCACGCCAGUUUGUAGAGCCAGCGCUGGAGCAUGCGGCAUUCACACAGGUGCUCACCAGUCGGGGCUAUGUUUUCGGUGGUAAUGCAGCCCCUAUCGCUGCACCACUGACAGCGCCGGCUCCUGCACCUGCUCCGGCACCAGCAGCAGCAACGGGACGAGCCAUAGCCACCCAUUCGGAUAGCAAUUCGCUGAAUCUGAAGCUGCCCGUGCCCUUUGGCCUGAUGCCGUUGAAUGUGGCGAAUUUGCCGCUCCAGGCGGGCGCCUCCUAUGCCACAGUGCCGCACACCACCGGGCUGACCUCCUACGGCACCGCGCAAAUACAAAGGCGCUGAGCACCACCGAGCCACAGCAACAACAAUUCACAUAUAUAUCAGAUAGAUUUCAUAAGCAUCGAUUUUAGUUGAAUUAACUUUUCAUCACAGAGCCAAAUGACUGUCUUACCAGCUCUGUGACUGAUUGAGUGUGUGUGUGUGCGUAUGAAUGAGUGUGUGAGUGUGAAUGCGAACGUAUGUGUGUGUGUGAGCCAUCUUAGGGAUAGAUAUACGAAAUACAUAAAUGCUAUUAAAUAAAAUAAAAGAUACUUGCCAUUUAAAGCUCUCUUAAACUCGGAGAUUGCUUUAUUAUGACAGGUUCAUGACCAUCAAA